GGCGGCGCGGUGCAGGUCGGACUGCCUCGGGGAAUAUCCAGCGCUUCCGGUAUUGUGCUGUGGCAGGACAAGAAACCAAAUCUUUGAUGGCUUCGCUGGUGGCAUAUGAUGACUCUGAUUCAGAGGCCGAAGCUGAAUCUUCUGGAAGUGUGAAUGCUCCUGGGCAGAUGAAGGAUGCUUCUGGUGUGGCCACGUCUCCCAGGCAAGACUUUACAUCAGGUAUAAUGGAUGUGACAAACGAAGGGGUGCAGGGUACAGAGCAUGGUCCUCAUGRAGAUCCUGGGGAGCAUCGUCUCCCCCUGGUUCGGCUCUGGAGAAGGCAUCCAGGAUCUUGCCCCAGCCAGAGGCUACAAUGGCCUGUAAAGGAGCCGGAAGUCACCUUCCCCACCAGUGAGCCUUCUCGCCCCUCUUCUCUGUGGACGUGUUGUGCUCCUACUGGCCACAUGCCCCUGGCAGCUGCCCGCUUGAAGCAAGUCAGACUCUCCUGGGAGUCCCCUGAGCCAUCCUUCUGUUCUCCAAACAGAUCUGAAGCCACAGGCAAAAAUGCCAUUUCUUUUCAGAGGAAAAGGUGUGAGGACUGUGUCAUACCAUACACCCCAAAGAGACUGAGACAGCUACAGGCAUUCAGCACAGAAACAGGCCAGCAGAAAGAUGUGGGGCUGCUGAGCCCCUCUGCAGGUUGUGCUCCCGCCCCUCUCUGUGUGACCCCCAGAGUGUCCGAGUUGAUUCAGCCGUAUUUGAACAGUCAGUGCAGAGAAACCAGGGUGCCCAGGACCGUGCUUUUCCACCUGCGUGGCCACAGGGGCCCCGUCAACAGCAUUCAGUGGUGUCCUGUCCCCUCCAGGAGCCACAUGCUCCUCUCCACAUCUAUGGACAAAACCUUCAAGGUGUGGAACGCUGUGGACUCGGGGCGCUGCUUGCAGACCUACUCCCUGCACCGUGAGGCUGUGCGGGCUGCCCGGUGGUCUCCCUGCGGCGGGCGCAUCCUCAGUGGCGGCUUCGACUUUGCCCUGCACCUCACAGACCUGGAAACAGGAACUCAGCUAUUUAGUGGUCAAAGUGACUUUAGAAUCACCACCUUGAAAUUUCACCCAAAAGACCACAGUAUUUUUUUAUGUGGAGGCUUCAGCUCUGAAAUCAAAGCGUGGGACAUAAGGACCGGCAAGGUGGUGAGAGGCUACAAGGCAACCAUCCAGCAGACCUUGGACAUCCUCUUUCUCCAGGAAGGCUCUGAGUUCCUGAGCAGCACCGACGCUUCUACCCGGGACUCUGCUGACCGUACUAUCAUUGCCUGGGAUUUCCGGACCUCCGCCAAAAUCUCCAACCAGAUUUUCCACGAGAGAUAUACCUGCCCCAGCCUUGCCUUGCACCCAAGAGAGCCUGUAUUCCUGGCACAGACCAAUGGAAACUACCUGGCCCUCUUCUCUGCUGUGUGGCCUUACCGGAUGAGUAGACGGCGGCGCUAUGAAGGACACAAGGUCGAAGGCUAUGCAGUGGGCUGUGAGUGUUCUCCGUGUGGUGACCUGCUGGUGACAGGCAGUGCUGAUGGCCGGGUCCUGAUGUUCAGCUUCCGAACAGCCAGCAGGGCAUGUACGCUGCAGGGGCACACGCAGGCCUGUGUUGGCACCACCUACCACCCCGUGCUGCCCUCCGUCCUCGGCACCUGCUCCUGGGGAGGUGACAUCAAGAUCUGGCACUGAUCCCAGCUGGGCCUGGGGCCCCCUUCUUCCUCAGGGGAGAGAGUUUGGGCACUGAAAUUGGCCUUGGGUUGGACCUAGGCAGAUGCUGCCUCCACCACCUGCUGAACCUCUGUUUCCUCAUUUGUAAAGUGGGGACAAGAAUCUGUCUCAGGGUUUUGAAGACUACAUGAGUGAAAGCACCUGCCAGGUGGCCGGUGAUGCCCAAUAA